GGAAAUCAUGGCUAUGCAAAUAUCGGAAGGUGAUGACGACGACCUCUACUACGACGCUGCUUCAGAAGAUGAUUUUGAAGCUGAGGACGAGUCUGACAGCGAUAUUGACGAGGAUGAAACCAUAAACUGGGAUGAAGAAUUUCGUCCACCCGUGCAUAAUUUCCAAGGUCCAGAUGAUCAAAUAAAGGAUGAUUUUCGCCACCACUUUGGAACAUCUCUAGACAUUCUCAGAAAAUUCAUUGAUGACUCCAUGGUCGAAAAGAUAGCUGUGGAAUCGAACAGAUACGCUGAGCAAGUGAAGCGAACCUCUCUCCGUGCAUUUAUUGGUUGGACCCCAGUCACUGCUGCUAAUAUCUGGCGCUUUCUAUCUCUUAUUUUGGCCAUGACGCUUGUUAAAAAAUCAUCUUAUAAAGAAUACUGGUCAAUAAUCAAUAAUCCACAACAUUCUCACGAAGUUCCCCGUAGCACGGAAGCCAAGAGGAAGACCUUCCCAAAGCCGUGUCUCAGUACCCUUAGCGAAUAUGCAUAUUCCAGAACGAGUUAUGAAAGAAAACGGUUACCCAAGCAAAUCCGAUUGUUUCCACUGCAAAACAAAAUUGGGGAAGAGGACGAUUACGCAGUUCAAGUGCCUUGCUUGCGAGAAACGUUUGUGCAUUGGUAGCAGCGUCUUCAACUGUUUCAAAUUUUAUCAUGACGAAAUGUUGCAGUUAUCGCAGCAGCCGGUAUCGCAGCAAGUAGUGCCACUAGCGGAUCGCAACGAGUCACAGAACACUGGACAAAAUUCACCACGUUACGAUUACAAUAACUUGUUUGAAAUAUAUAAUGCAUCCCAAAAUCAUGAUAGUAAUGUCAUCAAUGAUGAUGAUUUACUGUUCGUUUAGUUAAUUGUUGUACUACUAUGAAAAUCAAAUCCCACUGUCAUGUCAAAAAUUUAUAGUGUGUGCCAUUUGGCUCAGUUAUAUUGUUGAUUUAUAAUUGAAAUUUCAUGUUCAAAAAGUGUAUAAGGUUCUAAUUAUUGUUCGCGAAUCAGUUCUUGGUUCGUAAUAAAUCAAAACUGCAUAAGCAGAAUAUUCAAAAUCGGUUUGCAUUAAUUCAGUCCCCAACUGAUUUUAUCACCGCCCCACAACUCGGUCUCAAUGGUAUUUUGCACCCCAGAAAGUCCGCCCUCAAGAGCAAUAGAAAC